UAGUUGAUGAAUAAUGGCCUUGAACAAAAAAAUACUUCAAAAGGAAGAAAUGAAAUCCUCCUCCCGGGGACGAACGACGCUCAAGCGACAGUGCAUCAGCAUUCAGUCUAGGAUCACGGAUUUGUGAUAAACAGAUAAGAUGAAUUUCAACAUUUUGCAAUGCGGUGUUCUGUCCACUUUGUGUCUUAUUCUAUGUCCAAGUACAGUACAAUCACUGGAACCCAUCGAUAGGCCUCCCUUUUACCUCAAUGAACGAGAGUGCAUGGACAUGUUCCCAGAAUCUUUACAAAAAGACGCCACCAAUGCAAAGCUAAGGAAAUCUGAAGAACCGUUUGAUCUCUCUCUCGACCGGAAAGAAUAUAACCCAGAUGCGUCUGUCACAGUUAAAGUCUUUACAAAGGAGAGUUUCUUUCCUGAACAAUCUAUCUUUGGGAUAUUGCUGCAAGCCAGGGUGGCAAAGUGUGAGGGCAAGGAUAAUCAGAAAGCCAUCGGAAUAUUUCAACGGACAGAACAACAGACAGACUUGGAGACUGUCAAGUGUGACAAUUCACUUGCCAACGGGGUUGCUUUUAACGUCUUUGAAAAAGGUUUAGAAGAAGUGUCCAUUAGCUGGACCCCGCCUUCUGCAUCGGAAACUCGGACUCUUUAUUUUGUAGCAACAGUAUUGGGAGUCAAUGAAACCUUCUACACGAACAUAGCAAAUGGCUUCAUUGUCCAUCACUCUAGUAACCACUCGCUUGAACCCAAGAUGUGUCCACUUCGAAGUUUCUUCCAUGAGAGUGGGUCCAUAUGUCUCAGGGGGUCCGAGCACCUGGUCUCAGCUCUUCUGUCUGUGUUGCUGCUUCUAUUCAGAUCAUGAAACUACGUGUUUCAAUGCGAGAGAUGUGCAAAGAUGGUCUUGCUACAUAUGAAAUGUCUCUGGAUUUAUAACGCUGGGCCUCCAAUUUAUUCUUAGAACACUUUUAUUAUGUAUUCAUGGUAUAAAACUACAAUUUUAUGAGUCAUUAAAAUGACCUAAUGCAAUUGGUGUUCGUCCGUCUGCGUGCAAGGUGCGUUAAUAAUGAAACAUUCUUACUUCAUUUUGAAAACCGCAUCGCCAAUUUCAAUUGUGAUUGUAUGCAUCGGGGGGGGGGGGGGGGUGUAAGAGGAACAAAAUUUGUAAAUAUUAUGACUCUUGCUCAACAGGGACCAUACGGGCAUGCACAGGCACGUGUUUCUAAAAUCUACCCCAUAGUAUGCAUGCUGUAGGAUGAAUUUGACUACAAAAACAAACGCCUGUGGGGUCAUGGCUAAAAUUGCCAACAUUUGACCUUUUAAAAAAAGCUUCUCUACUAUAACAAAUCCGAUUUUAAAAAACCUGAUUUUAUUGUUGUAUAGACCAAGAAGGCCUCUACCGUUAAU